GACAUUGACAAGAUUAUUAAAACUUUGUCUCUCCAAAACUACCCACAACUUCUAGGGAAACCUCCAAACAAGCCACAGUUCAGUACUAAAAGUGAAAACAUGGAUUUAAAUUCCAGAGACAAAAUUAGAGACUCAGAAAAGAGAUCUACAGUGAGUUAUUAUAAUCCAAACAGUCCAACCUUAUCCCCAAAGCCUCAGCUUAUUACUUGGCAUUCGUUGACUGAUAAAAACCAAGAUUCAGAAAUAACUACAAGCCCAAAUUAUUCUGUCAAAACAAGCCAAAAACCUUUUAAUUAUUUUCCUCAAAAAACCAGCUACAAUCCACUUCAGAACUCCAAGCCAUAUUCAGAUUGGGAGAAAAACGUGUUGAACAAAAUAAAGUUGAAUUUUAAAGAAAAAAAUGUGAUCAACACUACUAAAGAACUAGAUAUUAGUCAUGUAAAAGGUGAACAUGUGAUAAACGAUAUGAUGGAACCUAAUUAUGAUUUCACGGACGCUGAUCAUAACAGUGAUGACAUUAAAAAUCCCACAGCAGACUUUAUCUACAAUGACUAUUCAGUUGAUGAAAUGAAAAGGCCACAAUACUAUGAUGAUUACUAUGGGGUUGAAGAAAUGAAACGACCUGAUAAAAAUGACAUUAAAUGGCCCACCAAUUUAAAUGGAGGUGAUUAUGUCAUUGAUGAAAUGAAGCGGCCACCAGGAGAUUUCAUUGAAGGGGAUUAUGUCAUUGAUGAAAUGAAGCGACCGGAUGAAAAUUUCAUUGAAGGGGAUAAUGUCAUUGAUGAAAUGAAGCGACCGGAUGAAAACUUCAUUGAAGGGGAUAAUGUCAUUGAUGAAAUGAAGCGACCGGAUGAAAACUUCAUUGAAGGAGAUUAUGUCAUUGAUGAAAUGAAGCGGCCACCAGGAGAUUUCAUUGAAGGGGAUUAUGUCAUUGAUGAAAUGAAGCGGCCUGAUGAAGAUUUCAUCGAAGGUGAAAAUGUCAUAGAUGAAAUGAAGAGACCUGACAUGGUAGCUACUCUACCUACUACAAGCUUUCCUCCACAAUAUAAACCUACAUAUCGGCCUGAUGUUGGACUAACCACCUCUAGACCUCUUCAGAUCUCUACUGGGGGUACACCUAUCACCAAACCUCCGCAAUACAAACCAACCUUUCAACCAGCUAUUCUAGUCUCUAUCAAACCAACAGUCAAUCCGGAAAUGCUGGAAACAACCUCUUCUUCUAAUAUUUCGAUCAGUUUGCCAGAAUAUCCUUUUCCAGUUCUUCCAGCCUUCACAUCAACACCUGUUACAACAACAACAACAACAACAACAACAACAACAACAACAACAACUACAACAAGAACAACAACGUCUACAACUACCACUUCGACUACUACAACAACAACAACAACUAAGAGACCAUUUAUCACCUAUUUCCCAAUUAAUAACCAUACCCUGACAACUCCAACUCCAACAGAACAAGACAGUUUUCCAGAAUUAGUUUUGACUGGGAUAGAUCCAGUUCCUUUGUCAGAUUUAAUAACAACAACAACCACUACUACAAAAACUACAUCGACUACGACAACAACAACAACAACAACAACGACUACAACUACAACUACAAUAGUCACUGAACCAACUCUGCCACCUCUUGGUAUGAUUCACUAA